CGGCUGUCAGGUCCGGUGCUGUCAACGCCGGGGUCGCGCUUCGAUUAUCCGGGUUUGUCCCCUCCGCCCCGAAUGAAAGGCCGCUUGGUUCGAAGAGCGUUCGCCGAAUCCGCACACACAGAGCAAAGCGAAAGAAAAAAGACCACUCACACACAAGGGCACGCUCGCAUCUUUCCUAGCCUUCUACCGCUCCAUUUGAUACCGUACGGCGUACCGACCACAAAAAGAAAAAAAAGUGUUCAAUGACGAUGGAAAAUCAGGAAGAAAUACUGUUGCUGCUGGAGCGCUUCACCAAAUCGAAACAGAAGGACAUCCCGCGCGAGCUCGAGGACUAUCUGAACUUUGUAGCGCGCACGGGCGAUACGCUGUACCGCUGGGUGCUGGUGAAGCCGCUGUUCCGCGAAAAGCUGGUCAACGUAAUUACCGACUUCCAUCACAACACGCCAAGCAUCGCGGACAUUCCCCAAUGCCCGAACGUGGACCCGUUCAACUUUGAGCGCAUGAAGCGUGCCCUGCUGGAGCGGCUGGACUCGUUCAACUCCGCGCCCUUCACCGUGCAGCGCAUCUGCGAGCUGCUGACGGAACCGCGCAAACAGUACACGCGGAUCGACAAAUUUAUGCGCGCGGUGGAAAAGAACAUUUUAGUGGUCAGCACGCAGGAACCAGGCCGCCGGCGUAGUGACAGCGAGAAUGGUGACUCACUCGACUCGAUCGUCAACGGUGACCUGGAGGUGAACGUGGACAUCGAGAUGGACAACGAACAGUUCCAUCUGGAAGCGGACGCACUGCUGCCCGACUCGAGUGACGCUGUCGGUUCGCUGCACGGCUCGCUCGGUUCCGAGGUCGGUACGGCCUCCUCCGCCCAGCGUACCGCCGACGGCAAUGAGGUGAACGGUGGCGGCUCCUUCAUGAACAGCGACGGCGGUACCAGCCAACCGUCGUCCAAGGGCGGUCUAUCUUCCGAGCCACACGAGGGCGUGAUCGACACGAACGAAAAUGCCACCGAUGGUGAUAUAGCGGCGCCACUGCUGGAAGCUUCCCUCGAAGCGUCGUCGUCCUCCGCCCCCACCACUGCGUCGGCUGUCGCCGAACGAACCGAGAAAAGCGAUGAGAUUGAACCGGCACCGCUGCAGGAGGAGGCGGAGAGCACGGCAACAGAGGACAAAGAAAACAUCGCCAGCACGGCGGACGCACCUCCUGCCCAAACGCUACGGGAGGAAGAGAUUACCUCGGCACGGGACGAUGGAAUAAGCGAGGCGGCAGAGAAACAACGCGAGGACGGUGCGCUUGAAAAGGCGAAGGAUAGUUCCGUGGAAGAAGAGAAACCCGUGGACGAAGCUGGCGGCCAAUCGCUGCCAAACCCAGCAGCUUCCGGUGAGGUUGCAGCAGAAGAACAAACCGCUGCACCACUGGACGAUGGCGAACCGCAAGCCAAAAUGGUGAAGUACGCCGAUGAUGCAGCACCACAGGAAGAAAAAUCGAACCUUUGUACUAGCGUGAUCAAGGCCGAUGUGCAUGCUUCCGGGGACGAAGGCGAUUCAGCGAUGAAACAGGCUGAAGAUACAGUGGCACACCUUGAUAGCACCGCCGCGAAGCCGACCGAUACCACCGUAGGCCAGUCACUCACGGAGCAGAGUGCUACCGGUGGCAGCAGUUCCGCCAUUGCAACGGUUGUUUCCGGUAGCGCUGAUGGUGAAUCGACAGUCACUGGCAUUGCACCGGUGGAAAGCAGUACUCCGAUCGGCGAAGAGGAGAAGGACGGCCAAGAACAUUCCACGGGACUGCAGGUGGAAACAACGGUAGCAGUGGGAGUUGCAGGGGAUGCUCCGGCCGUUGAGCAGCUCGUAGCGGAGCCUGCAAUAACCGAACCCACCUCCACCGAAGUAACGUCCACGAAUGCGUCCGAGAUGGAACUAACGACGACGGCAACACCACAACCGGCUUCAACAGACAGCAGCAGCAACAGUGCAGCGGCACCUACCUCGGACGAGCUAGAGAUGGAGCUGGCUACGGCUUCCGGCCCUGCCCCAGCAGCACCACCAACCGCAGCAGAGGCUGCAGUGGAGGAGGUCGACAUGGCGGGCGGCGAAACGACGGGAGCAACGGAAAUGACAACCGAGGACCCUAAACAGGACGACAAUGUGAUGGACAUCGACGAGUCAAGCGUUGAGAUGAUGGAUCAAUAGAUUACCACCCCCCCCCCCCCCCCCCCCC